AUGAAGAGGCGGCAGCUGGAGUUGAAAGCUUUUAUUGUGAAGAAGACCCUGGCGUUUCCUUGUUUCGAUGGCUUAUACCUCCCAAAGCAGGAAAACGAAUUCGUGCAUCAUGUCUUGGGUGAGCUGGAAACAUACCAACAGAAAAACAGCCACAAGAGCGUGCUCCUGUUUCCUCCUUUACCCAGCAGACUGAGAUACCUGAUUCACAAAACUAUAGAAGACCUGCCAGAACUCACCACCUUCUCAGUAGGGGAAAGCUGGUGCCGUAGGGUGGUGGUGUGCCCUUGUGAGCUCAGGAGUGAGGUAGAGGAAGACAGUGACUUGGAGAGCAAUAGCAGCUUGUGUGAAGAGCCCCUAAGUGUUAAGGGAGAGAGGGAAGUCAAUAUCAAGCCUAGACCUACAGUCCCACCGCGAAGCCGAGCACCUAAGAGGCCUGACAAGCCGCUCUACAUGCCACGAGCUGCUCGGGAGAGACUGUCUUUACAAAACUCACAAGGCCCCACAGUUGGCUCAGAGUUGUCAAAUUCAGCUUGCAUUAAUAGCAGCUCUAGCAGCAGUUUAUCUGACACUUGUACCUGUCCUGAAUCUACAGAAAACACAAAGUACUCAUUAUCUAAACAGGAAUCAUUCCCCAGUGUAGCAGACAGCAUUACUGAGCCCUCUGCAGACAGUUCAGUGCUGUGUCGUCAGGAAGAGAAACAAAAGUUGGUGCUCAGGCUGGACGGAGACGAAGACCUUGUCUGGAAACAGAGUCAGUCCCAAUUUGCUGACCUGAGUGUGGAGGAUGAUGAGAAGGAUAGGGAAGAGGUUACAAGUGUGCCAUACAGUCCCCAGACAGAAGACACAAGCACAGACAAAGAUGGUGUAACUGAAGAGAUCAAGGCACGUCUAAAAGAAGGAAUCACUGUUGCCAUUGAGCAUGCCCACAAUGACUAUUCUAUUUAUGAGAAGGUGUUCAUCAACUCGGAGGACUUUCGCCACGUGAUUGAGAUCUAUGACUUCCCAGCUGUGUUCAAGACCGACGACCUUCUUGAUGCUUUCUCAGAGUACAGUGAUGGUGGAAUGAAGAUCAAGUGGGUGGACAACACACACGCUUUAGGGGUUUUCUCCAGUGAGUCAGCAGCAGUCCAUGCUCUCUCCAUCUGCCACCCACUGCUGAAGGCGCGAGCACUGGCUGAUGGGAGUAAAAAAGCUCAAGGCAAGGCCAUCAGACGGGCAGAGUUCAUCCAGCCAGUGAAGGAGCGUCCGAGGACAGACUGUGCCGUUGCCAGGCGGAUGGUAACCAGAGCGCUGGGCAUUCAGGGACGGGGCAGAGUGCAGCGAUAUUGAAAAGUGCUAACAUGUACUGCAGGUCCAGCAGAGGUCUGCCCCUGUUCACGGUCCCUCUGAGGAGACUCCAAAGUGGCCACGGUUGGAUCAGUGAUCACGAAGCGCGACAACCGUUUCCCGCCUUCGCUGAUCAGUGCAGCCGACUGGCACAAUAAAGAAAAAGACUGACAGAGUUUACUGCCCACGUCCUCAACAUCCAUUCUGAAUGAUCUCUGAGCAGAAGCUCCUGUGCUGCAUCUGAAGCUAACCUCUGACCUCUGGACAUUACUGCUGCGGCGCCUGUUGUUCACUGUUAGCAUUAGUAAUAAGGCACUAUGUAUCAGUGGUAAGGAACCAGUGAACUAUGAAGCAGUGUAAUGCAUUGGUGAGUUCAGAUAGCUCCUAAAAUGGGAGAGAGGCUCAUUUUAAUUUUAUUGCAUGUUGACUCAGAACUGAAGUUUCUUUCAAGGGUGUUUAUUUCCAUGUAGAGUUUCUUUUGUUUUCUCCCUGCCCAGCUGAUGCAGGAUUGGUUGCGUAAUUCUACCCAAGUAUUGGUUCUAUUUUAACUUUGUUUGAAAUCUCUCAGGAUUUGGUCAGAGAAGUAUGUUGCAUGUAGAUGAGAGUAAUUCAGAUCCACUAACAAACAGAUUUGUUAAAUAACAUAAACCUCUGUUUUCAAAAUGCCAGCAUUUUAAGUGAGACGCUGUUGUAGAGAAGAAUAUAUGAGCGAUGUUCCUGUUUUGUUUUUAAAAACAUUUUUUAAAACAAGUUAUAAAAUAAUAUGUUUUUUUUUUACAUUUUUUCCCAUGUUAUUAACGCAGCUACUCAAGCCCAGUAUUUACAUUCUUCACAUCACAGGAAGCUGUGGAAUUGAAAUUUGAGCUUUGAAACACUCAGUGUUACUUGUUGCUCUAAUGCUAUUUCGGGUUAUUUUAAUGCCAUUUUGUCACUGACUUAUCGUCAAUCUUUUGUUUGUAAAAUGUAAAAAUGUUAUUCAGAAACUGUAAAAGUUUGUAUUUAGUAAAUGUUCUACGUAA